AUGAUAAUAUUAAUUGCAAGUCUCUUAACAAUUCUUACUUUUUGUAUUUUACUAUUAAUCUUUUCACCUAAGAUUAAGCUUUUACAUUUAGCAAAAAAGUACAAAGAUACUGAAGUUUUAUUCUCACCAGUAGGGGGAAUAGUUAAUCUUUAUUAGCAAUCUUUUGAGAAGUAUGGGGAUGCUCUCUACUUUAUACGGGAUUUAAUUUAAAAAAAGCCUAAUACAAAAGCUAUAUUGUACAAUUUAGGAGUAGAUAUUGUAGUUAACUUUUAAGAUGCUGAAUUGGUUAAGGAAGUUCAUUAGAGCUACAGCGAUUACUAUGAGAAGCUUAAAGGAAUUUUAACUCUAUAAUAUCUUUUUGAUAAAGGAAUGCUUAUGACUGAUGGUGAUGAGUGGUAAAAAUAAAGAAAACUCUUGGCAAAUACUUUUCUAUUCUAAAACAUCAAAAGUAGACUUCCUGUGACAAAAUAAGUUGUAUAGGAAAUCUAUUCUAGCAAGUAAUUAGAUCUUUCUAAACCAAUAAACGCACUUCAUAUGAGUGAAAAAGUUACUUCAGAUGUAAUUUUCCAAACUUUCUUUGGUAUUAGCUUUAGAGGUAAAUAAAUUAAUGGAGUAGAAAUUCAAAAAGAGCUGUCAAAUGUACUUAUUGAAGGUUUUAACUACAUAUAGAGUUCAUUUUACUAUAAAUUAAAAAUGGUUAUCUUAAAAGAAAAAGCUGUUGGGUUCAAGCCUUUUAAAGGAGAAGAAGAUCUUUUAAAAAGAAUGAAAAAUCUUAGAGAUACAACAGAAGAAGUUAUCUAAAACCGCUUAAAAUAGAUUAAAAGCGGUAAUUUGGAUAUUUCAUAAAGUGAGCUAUUUCUUGAUAUCCUUCUGAGAGAUUACAUCUAAAAAAACUCUGAAAGUGAGAAAGAUAUUUAGCAAAUGAUUGAUUAAUUUAUGACAUUCUUCUUCGGAGGCACUGAUACUACAGCAGACUUGGUUGCACUGACUCUUUAUCAUUUAUCUCACAAUUAAAAUUUUUAAACUAAACUUCGCUAAGAAAUUAAGAGCAUAAUAAAUAACUUCGAAGAGUUAAACUAUGACAACUUAAAUUAAAUGAACUACUUAUAGUGUGUAAUUAAAGAAUCUUUGAGAAUACAUCCCCCAGCUGUAGGAGUACUCCCAAGAGUUUGCAUAAAAGAUCACAAAGUAGGAUAAAUUGAAAUGAAAAAAGGUAUGUUGAUGGAUACACAUUUUAUUGGAGUACUCAAUAAUCCAAAAUACUAUGAUAAUCCACAAGAUUUUAAUCCUGAUAGAUGGAAUGACAGUAAGAAAAUGGAAUCAGCCCCCUUUUCACCCUUUGGUAUUGGAAAAAGAAGUUGCAUUGGACAACACUUAGGAAUGAUGAAUGCCAAAGUAAUCAUCUGCUUUUUAGUAAUGAACUACUUAGUAAAGCCAAAUCAUCAGCAAAAACUUAGAAUGAGUUUAAACACAGUUUACACUCCAUUUAAUGAUGAUCUCGUGUAUUUUGAAAAAAUAAAUUGA